AUGACGCAGAGAGGGCGGCGCAGCAGCGGCCUCCACACCGGCAGCGUGCGGGCGAAGCGGACGUCCUUGAGCACCUGCUCACAUGCUCGCAGCACCGCCUUGGGAGGAGGGAGACCCUCCGGCUGCGCUGCUCGCUGGUCUGCGCGUGGUGGUCCAUGUCACCCAAGAUCGCGCGCGCAGACGCCUCGAACUUCGCACGGCCACUCGGGGCUCUCCAGCUCGCGUUGA